CGGCAGGACGCGGACCGGGAGGCUGGCAGCCCGCGGGAGAGCCGCGCUGGGGGGCCGAGGCCGGGGUCGGGGCCGGGGAGCCCCGAGAGCUGCCACAGCGAGGUCCCGGGGCGGCGGAGGGGCCAUGGCUGCGGGCGGCAUCACCUCGCUCCCCGCACUGCCGGAGGACGGCGGUGCCGCCUUCCCACCGGGCCACUUCAAGGACCCCAAGCGGCUCUAUUGCAAGAACGGCGGCUUCUUCCUGCGCAUCCAUCCUGACGGCCGCGUGGACGGCGUCCGCGAGAAGAGCGACCCACACGUCAAACUACAACUCCAAGCAGAAGAGAGAGGAGUUGUGUCUAUCAAGGGAGUGUGUGCCAACCGGUACCUUGCUAUGAAGGAAGAUGGACGGCUGCUGGCUUCUAAGUGUGUUACAGAAGAGUGUUUCUUCUUUGAACGACUGGAAUCUAAUAACUACAAUACUUACCGGUCACGGAAAUACUCGAGUUGAAGUUGAUGGUGAAGGAACAUGGCUGCAGGCGGCAGACCAAGUACAUGUCCGACAUCCCGAAUGCACCAGGGCUCCUGUGUUGCUGCCGGAUGCUCAACAGGGACCUGAAUUCUGACUUGACACCAGUCUCUUCAAAAACCUCUCGGACUGCUGUGUCUGCUAUGUGAAAAAGAGAGACAAACAUAAAUAUUUCAUCCUUAUAAGAUCUUCAGUUAAAAUCUGGAAGUCUAAAAGCAAAAUUUUGUCUUCAAACUGCUUUCUGGACAUUGUGAAAUGCACUUUGUAUUUAAGACACUGAGAGUCUCUUUGGAAGCUUAUACACGUAUAUACUGGAAGUCACAUAUUCUCAACCUCUCCCUGUCCUAUUCCCAAAGGCAAGAAUACAUUUGCAAAUAAAGCUGCAGUUCAUAUGCCGAUGGGUCCUUCGCUGUUGUCCCGUCCCGAGUGUCUAUCAAAUUGCCCGAGGUUCUGGAUGUCUGAAUUGAAAGGACCCAUCCCUUGUUACAGAAGUUUGUAGUACUGAACAUACUUAAGUGAGCUGUGAAAUGACUCUGACUUCUUUGGGAUCUCAAGCCCGCUGCCCCUCCCACCAGGGCAAGAUCCUUUGCCCCUGUCCUGGCCACCAGUGGACCCCAGCCUGAUAUAGAAACUCCAUUUCUUUGAAAUCAGAUUGUAUAGAACUUGGGAUUCAUUCAUCAACACCAAAAUGCAAUAGCUGUCUUCAUAAGGCUGGUAACACAUAACAAUAUACACCAAGGAUUUUCAUAUGUUAUGAAUAUUUUAAUUAAAUACAAGUUUCCAUGAUGGGAUUUUUAUGUUCAUUAACAUACAUCUAUGGCCAGUUUUUCUAGACACCUACAAAGGCUGCACACAUAGACUUCCCCAGUUCCGAUGCUACAGCUGCCUGCCUUGGAUGCUUUUCUGUUUGUCUUCAGAAUUGCUGUAGUUGCUUAAAUACCUUAUAAUGCCUCUUGGGAUGUUCGUUAGACAGCAUAUACAUCUGUCUUGCCAGUAAUCCUACUGGUAACACCUAUGCACUGAAGAGCUAUGAGAAGCACAUAGCUCCUGUGCACUCAACCCAGACUGUCUUUCCUGCCCACGAUACAUAUACCAAUUCCCAAGACAUGCUCUUGUUCCUAAGAAACAGUUCUAGAAAGGAUCACAGGAAGAGUAAUUUAGUCUAAAACAUAAGGCAUCUACCAGACACUCUUUAACUGUAUGUUGACUUUCUCUGUGAUGGAGAUCUGUAAUGGCCAGAAAUUACAUUCCCAAACUGAAAACACCAAGACUAGGCAUAUAGCUCAGCAGGUAGAAUACCUGUCCCACAUGUGUGAGGUGCUUAGUACAGUUCCCAGUACCAAGCAUACAAUGAGGGAGAGAAUGGAGGCAUCAAAGAACAUUCUAGGCUUACAAAGUUUCUCUAGUAAGAAAAUAGUUUUUAUCUAGCAUAUAAUACAUUAUUAAAUUUAUUACUAAAAAUUGUAGCACUAGUUUUAAAUGUUUAUAUAGUGGCUUCUAACUCAUUUAAACAUAUAUUUAUAUUCUUUAAAGGUUCUAGAAAAUAACUUUGGGGAUCGCUCAGUUCUUAGCACCACUAAUCUGACAUAAAUUACAGAACAGGACAGGGUAGAUGAGAGAAUGGGUGUUGUGCUUAGCAGUCACUAUGGCACUAUGGUGGUGACAGGGCAAACACUGUCUGGGAAGUCUGAAUAGUGUAACAUGAAUCAGUACAUCCCCUACUAGCUGAAACUGGAAAAUGCAAGCCAAUAAUUCUGCAUCUGAGAUGUGGGACAUUAUCCCUUUCCACCUCAAAGUAGAGGUCUCUCCCUUGGUUUCAACAUGCAUGUAGGUUUAUCAAGAUAAACCGUUAUUCUUUUAGGAUUAUCUUAGUAGACUUUAAACUCAGCUAAAAUAAUAAUUACUUCAUAUGAAGAAUCUAGAAGCUCAUUUUGCUAGUGAAGAGAUAUGUUUGAAUGUCAGACUGGAUUGGUGAACAGCAAAGAUGUUGAGGUUUCUCUGUUCUGUAGUAUGUAAUGAGAGGACGGCUUGAGAUGGAAGACAGUGAUGGGAAACCUCCAGCAUGUGGGUUUCUUUGAGCUCCCGCUAGUCCUGGCUGGCUGAAAGAGGACAUGGUUUUCACCUAUGCAAUGAUGUAUUUUAGGAAGGCCUUUUGUUCCUUUAAACCAUAUAAACACAUUUAGAUUCAAGCCUUGAGGACUUCAAUUUGUUUUGCAUUUUCCCAACUUAAUUUCUUAAAAACAAUUUGCAUAUUCAGGGCUACAGGGAGAAACCCUGUCUUGAAACCUCCCCAACCACUUUGCAUAUCAAUAUUUCAUCUAUCUAGCAUUAUCAGAGAAUGAAGAUUCCAAACAAAUGAGUUUCCAAAUUAACUAGUAUUUAUUUACCAGAAUUUCUCAACAGCCUAGCUAACAGCCAAUAAAUGUUGAAUUAUUCAGGAUGGCAAUGUUCCAAAAUGGUAUUUCAUGCUUUCCUAAACAAAGGUUUCAAGGAUAUAAUUUCUAUAUGCUGUAGACAAUUAGAGUGUUUUUAUUUGUACUGUACUGUCAAACUGUGCUAUAGAAGCAGGCUGGAGAAGGGUAAGUCUAGGAAAAUGGUGAUGUCAACCUCUGCUUUUGUUUUUAGUUCAGAUGGGUGAGUUUUUUUUUUUUUUUGUUGUUGUUUUUUUUGUUUUUUGUUUUUUGUUUUUGUUUUUUUUUUUUUGAUAACCACGGGCACUUUAAGAAAACUAGUAGUACAUUUAAAAUUAUCUAGGCUUAAAGGAAUGAUUCUGGAAUUAAAACUUAAACCUGAAUUUAUACAUAUUUAACUUGAAAAUAUGUUUCCCCACAUUUAUAUAGCUAAGUCUGUCUGAAAUUCUUAGGAUCUACUAAAGCUCAAAGGGCAAAAAAAUUCCUCACCUUAAUUCAUUUGAAAAGGCAUACAGGGUUGUAGAUGGCUUUUCCCAAUGUGGAGGGUGAGAAGAUUAGACUGGAGUUACCUCAUUCACAUGCUCUCAAUACCACAUAGAUAAUGGUGGUAUUGAGGAUAGAGGUAAUGAAGAAGGUGGUUUUAUGGAGAAAAAUGGCCCUUGCUCUCAGUAUUUGGUGCCCCUACAAAAUACAGAUAUGUUUGCACAUUGCAUGGUCUAAGUCUGCACAUGUCUAAGUAGUGCAGGGUCUUGAUACACCUUCCUUCUGCCUCAGCCUCCUUACUGCUGUGAUGAGCAGGCAUGUGCCACCACACCCAGGUCCUCAGAGUACACACUGCCAACAGACUACCCACUAGAGAACUAAGGAAACAGGUCAGUGAGAACCUAACACCAAGGUUUGUUUUAAUGUGUCUGAAUGUCAUUAAUGUUGCUCAUGGGCUGCUAGGAGCUUGGACUUGUAAAUACAUACAGGGCAUUUUGAUCUGAACAACAUUUAAAAAUCAGAUCUCAUGAACAUAUAUUCAGACAUAUGUAAACACAGGAGACUGCUUUAAUACAGUAGCUGGUUAAGAAGAAACAAGAAUGUGCAUAUUAAUGAAAGGCCUUUGAGAAACAAUAUUGAUAUCUAAUGUAUUAUGUAUCGAUAAGGAUGAUGUUGAAUUUAAGCUAAUGGUUUAAGGAAAAGCAUGAUUCUAUACUUUGUAGACCAGUGACUAAGUGCGUAGUUUAUCCUAGCUUCCUAUAAGCUGAUUUGGAGGGAGGGAGAGGCAUGUUAUUUCCCACUCAAGACUUUCUCACAGAUAAUUUAUUAUGUUUAGGUUAUUCAUAAUAAAUAGCUGGCAAAAUCUUCAAAGGAGAGUUAGAUCACUAUUUCCUUACAGUUGAUUUUAUUGUACUUCAAGAUUUAUCUAAAAAUUAUUAUUCACCAAUCUGUGAUAAAAUGGUCAAUAAUUCAAAAUUUAAUAAUUGUGGUCACAUUUGAAAGAUCUUUAUAAUUAGCUUUACAGAUGAACAUCUCAAGUUUCUCCCUUUCAGAUAACCUCAGAGCACCACUGGAAAGGGGUUCCCCCAUAGGUAUCGACUAUACAAGUUAAAUGAGUGUGUUAGAACAUUCUUGCUAACUUUGUAUCGCUCUGAAGAAAUCUGUCUGAAUUCUAACUUAGUGUGAACCAAUUAGAAACUUCAAAUUCUUAUUCUUAGCUACAUAGCAGGGAAGUAAACCUAUGGAUUUUCUAAACAUUUUCAAGUUUAUCAGAAGUAUAUAAAUACAUACCAAUAUCUUCUCCUGGCUCUGACAGACCUCCUGGAAACUUCCACAUGUUUUUCAACUGCAGUGCAAAGUAAAAAAAAAAAAAGUUCAUGUCAUGACUUACUGUCUUCCUCUCCUCUCUCUCUCCCCACUCUUACCUCAUCCACUCAGUUGGUUAAGGAAGUAAAGUCUUAUUUGUACUGCAUCAGUCCUAUUCCCUAACCCCAGCUUUCUUACUACUUCCUGUUUCCUUCCCUAACCCCAGCUUUCUUACCACUUCCUGUUUCCUCUUUUGAGGGAGAUGGUGAUUGAAGUCUUUCCCUCUUACGCUUCAGGAAAUAGAAGUGGUAUUUAGUUAAUGUGAUACAACUUGUCUUAAUGAACCUUUGGAGGGAAAUAUCUAUUCAGUUGUGUACUUCACAGAACUCGGCUGCUAGUUAACUAUGAACAGAUAGGAUUUACAGAUGCUGCUAUGAGUAAGUAGAAUAAAUGUAACCGCCAAGGUAUGCUACUCAAGAUUUUUACAUGCAUUUACUGUAUUUUGUUUCUAAUCACACAUAUUACUCAAGAUUUCUGUGUGUUUAUCAUUUUAUGUAAAAUGUAAUUGCUUUUUAUGGGUAGUGUGAAUAAAGUUAUUUUGAUUUCUUGGC